CCAGCAUCUAAAAAUCCCGUUCUCCAACAAGUCCUAGUUCUUCAAUUUGCACACGUGAUUUUGUUUUUAAAAAUGUAAAUCCAUUCGAUCGCCAUAGAUGUCAUGAGGGUAUCGCGGCUUUCUCAAGAAACUUCUAAACUACCCGGCAUUAUGCCGUCCCCAACGUCGCCUGUACGACGUAUAACUCGGGGCUCACUGGCACGCUUCGCAUACAAUGAUGGGAGCUCCUCAAAGGAAAACCCAACACCGACAAUCCCCGACAUCGAAGACGCAGCCUUGACUACAAUGUCGAAGAAGCGGAAACGUAAUCGCGCCUCCUCCCCAGCGGCGGCAGUCAAAGCCGAAGAAGUCAAUUCGACCGUAACCCUGACCACGACACCCCGUCGCGCACGCAAACCGGCCCGCAAAGCCACCGACCCCACAACCGGCGAACACUCCGUCACCCCUCCUUCCGACUGGGAAGAAAUGUACGACAUCGUCAAAGCGAUGCGGCUAGGCGACGGCCCAGCCGCCAACGCCGCAGUCGACACAAUGGGCUGCGAGCGGCUCGCCCUAUCCACCGCCUCGCCACGCGAUCAGCGCUUCCACACGCUCGUCGCCCUCAUGCUCUCCAGCCAAACCAAAGAUACGACGAACGCAGUAGCCAUGCGCCAUCUACAAACCGAGCUCCCUUCCUACAAACCCGAAGCGCCGCCCGGGCUCAACCUCGAGAACAUGCUAGCCGUCGACCCGGAGAAGCUAAACAGGCUGAUCUGGGUGGUGGGAUUCCACAACAACAAGACAAAAUACCUCAAGCAAGCGGCAGUGAUUCUGCGGGAUAAGUGGGGAGGCGAUAUACCCGACUCCAUCGAGGGGUUGACGUCCCUUCCCGGCGUCGGGCCCAAGAUGGCGCAUUUGUGUCUCAGCGCGGCGUGGGGAAGAACCGAGGGCAUCGGCGUCGAUGUGCACGUGCACCGGAUCACGAAUCUGUGGGGUUGGCACAAAACGAAAAAUCCCGAGGAGACGCGGAUGGCGCUGCAAAGCUGGCUGCCGCGGGAGCGGUGGCGGGAGAUCAACUGGUUGCUCGUCGGGUUUGGGCAGACGGUUUGUUUGCCCGUGGGUAGGAAGUGUGGGGAUUGCGAGUUGGGGUUGCGGGGAUUGUGUAAGGCUGCGGAGAGGGGGAAAGUGUUGCAGGGGAGGAAGGUGAGGGAAAGUAGGGUGGAGAUUAAGGGGGAUGGGACGGUGAAGAACGAGGAGGUCGAAACGGUGGAGGCGGUGGCUAGGGAUGAGGUUGUGAAUGAGGAGAUGAAUAUACACGACCAGCAGAGGAUAAAGAAAGAAGAGGUAGAUCAAGCGCCUUUGGAACCAGCCCGCAAACUGGCCAGGAAUAGGAUAUGAGUUGUCACCAUGCCCAGGCAAGUUGUGGAAGUUGUACAUAGCGAGGAUGAAGAGGAUACUGUGUACAAGAAUAACAAACCUACGCAAGUAGGAAGGAUGUGCCGCACGAAUAGUAUAAUGACAAAUGUGGGAACAAAUCCCAGCAA